AUGAAAGAAGCAAUCGUUCACAAAGGUAUGACCGUACUAAACCCCAACUACUGUAUCUGGUUCUCACCUCCGCAACAAGGACCCCGUGUCGAAAUCAUCGACAGCCCUAUUCCUGUCCCCGGCCCUGGCCAGGUUCUCAUCCGAGUUGUUGUCGCGGGCUCCAACCCAAAAGAUAUCAAGUCCACUUUUUGGUUGCCGCCCUCCAAUACGGGCGACGAUGUUGCCGGCUACAUCGAGUCCGUCGGAGAGGGUGUCGUAGAGUUUCGACGCAACGACCGAGUCGCCGCCUUCCAUGAGAUGUUCACACCCCAUGGGGCCUUCGCCGAGUAUGCCAUCGCGUGGGCGUACACGACCUUCUUGUUGCCGGAGAGCACAUCGUUCGAGGAGGCGGCCACGAUCCCUUUGGCGAGCUUGACGGCGGCGCUUGGGCUUUACGGCGAUCUGCGACUUCCUUACCCCUGGACGACCCCGACAGACGAGGACUAUCCAGACUCGGGGCCAUUGGUCGUCUAUGGCGCUGGGACUGCGGUCGGCGCCUUUGCCGUGCAGUUCGCCAGCAAAGGGGGGGUUCAUCCGAUCAUCUGCGUGGCGGGUCAGUCCAAGCAUCAUGUCGAAACCCUCCUCGAUCGCAGCAAGGGCGACGUUGUUAUCGACUAUCGAGACGGACUGGAGGCCGUCCAGGAUGGAAUUAGGAAGGCUCUUAAUGGAAAGGAGCUCCUGCAUGUGUUCGAUGCCGUGGCUGAUCACGGAAGCGACAAGAUCAUCGGACCGCUCAUCCAUCCCGAAAAGGGGAGGCUUACGAUGACUCUGCUCAAACAAGGCGCCAAGGGGCCCAAGAACCCAGGCGUAGUGUUCCCAGAAUCAUACGUCGCGCCACCUCUGGAGGGCGUGGCUGAUGGCGUCGACGCUUACUGGAUGGGCGUUGGCUCCAUUCACAAUGGCUCGAAGCACUUUGGGUACAUCAUGUCCCGGUACAUUUCGCUUGGCCUUCAGGAACAGUGGUUCAAGCCCCAUCCGCAUGUUCUGAUUCCCGGCGGCUUGAACGGAGUUGGCAUUGGACUGACUAGACUCCUGGAAGGACGCGCCCAUGGCGAAAAGUUUGUCUAUCGGGUCGUUGAUACCGAGUCUUGA